UACACGAGCUACAUGUAGCAUAUAUUAAGUAUGGAAGUCCUGAAGAUAUUAGCCGUGUUUUAUCACCUCAAAGGUGCGCUAGCUCGAUCUCUUCAAGCAACGGAACACGUAGAGGAUUUCCGAAUAUCCUACGCCUUAUUUGCCCUCAUUGGUUCAGCCCUGAUUGUAUUGGUAAUACUGCUAUGUACUGAUAUCCCCGCAGAAUCCGACGUUCGUCAUAAGACAAACGACACAAAUGUUGCAGAAGCAAAAGUGAAAAUAAAGAAAAGGAAGAAAAAGAAAAUUCAUAAGAAGAUUCAUCGAACCAAGAGCACUGGUAGCAUUAUAUCCUCUAUUAUAAGCAGUUGGGCGAGUACCUCCGAUUCCGAGGACUCGGAUAAAGACUCACCCACCCCUGAUGCUUUCGCAGUAGAAAUAGAAUCUGUAAACCUCAGUGAGAAAGAUCUUGAGGUAAAUAACAAAAAUACAGUUGAAAACGACAAUCCUGAAGCAGCCGAAACAGGAUCUAGAAAGUCGUCAGAUUCAAAAACUGAAGAAAAAUCUGAAGAGGAAUCUCACUCUGAAAAUAAAGAUGCAAAAGAAGAAGAUGCAUUUGAGAAAGGUUCUGACAAAGAGAAAGAAAGUAGUGAAAAGGAUUCAGACACAUCUUCACCCAGCAGUGAUUCAUCAAGUUCAUCAAGUGAUGAAAAUUUUGAUCAAGAAGAAUCUAAAGACGAAGAGUCAGAGGAGCCUUUGCCAGAACAUGAAGCCGAAGAGGAACCAAAACCUGAAGAUGAACCUACAAGAUCACUAGAGAAAGAACCAGAAGAGGUGCAGGAUCCUGAACCAGAAGAGGAACCUGAACCUGAACCAGAAGAAGAGGCUGAACCUGAGCCAGAGGAGGAUGCUGAACCUGAACCAGAAGAGGAACCUGAACCUGAGCCAGAGGAGGAUGCUGAACCUGAACCAGAAGAGGAACCUGAACCAGAAGAAGAGCCUGAACCUGAACCAGAAGAGGAGCCUGAACCUGAACCAGAAGAGGAACCUGAACUAGAAGAGGAGCCUGAACCUGAACUAGAAGAGGAGCCUGAACCUGAACCAGAAGAGGAGUCUGAACCUGAACCAGAAGAGGAACCUGAACCAGAAGAGAAGCCUGAACCUGAACCAGAAGAGGAACCUGAACCAGAAGAGGAGCCUGAACCUGAACCAGAAGAGGAACCCGAACCGGAACCAGAUCCUGAGGACGAAUAAAAAUAAAAAAUAACCAUAUUACAUAAAAAUAUGGUUGAAUGCAGAGAGAAUAUGAGGUAGCUUAUGCUGCAAGGAAGUGGAUAGGUAACAUGGAACCAGAUGAUUAGGAAUUGUUUUCCUGGAAAUGAGAAGGACUAUUCUGAGUACCAGUACAUAUGCAUGUAUCUGAUAGAUGUAUCAACUGUGCAUAAGAUUCUGCUUUAAAGGGCAAUAAAAAUUGUAUUAAGACAAUUGUAUCAGCUUACAUUCCUAAAAGAAAUACACAUGCAACAUCAAUGUUAUAUACAAAUUCAUUCUUCUUUUUUUCCCCUUACAAUUUAUCCAACUUUUAUCAAAUUUAUUAAA